AUGUCUCUUCAAACGACCUUCUCGAACACCUUCCACCUGCGCGAAUUCGUCGACACCGUCACAGACGACCCGAGUCGGGACAACGCAUCUAACUACGUGGAAAUACAUCCUUAUGCCAACAUUUUCGAGGAGAGCAGCUUCUACAAUCCUAAUGUCAACGGACCUCUAUGUGUCAAACGCCUUCUUCUGUGCCGAUGGUCGCUUCUCUACUACCUUGUUACUGACGGGCCCUUGGAAAUCAGUGUCCAGGAGACGUGUCUGACUUUGACGAGUAUCGACAACACCUGCCGGAACAGUGGUGUCCCUAUGGUGACCAUCAUCGACUUCGUGCCACCUCGUAGCGACAAGACUCUUGACCUUUCAGAGCACCGCUGUUUCGCUGUCGAAACACCAGUCUAUGACACCUCAAAGCCAGUUCCGGUUGCGUUCUCUGUCGCUUGUUUCUUAGAAAAUACCAAGCGUUGGCAAAAAGUCAAGAUACCGCCGUCGGGAGCUUUUCUCAGCAUCACUGCCAAAGUCGCUGGUCGCACCAUUGACACCAAUCAGCUGGCCCUCCGUGCCCUUGACCCGGCUUACCUGCCGAGACCUGCUGCUGUCCCCAUGGCCACGCCGACUCCAUCCUCUACGCCGACUUCGAAGCGAUCCGAACGCUGGGUAGGCCGGGCUCCUCCGUCCACUCCUUCUAAAAGGCAACGAGGCUCUGAGGAUGUCAGCGCUUCAGGGAAUUCCUACAGGAAACCGCUUCUACAGCCUACAGAAGGCUGGUCUCAUGUAUCGAUUUCAGAAAAUAGCCCAGAUUCUCCGGUUAAUUCCCCCUUUCAUUCCUCCUCUCCGCCGACCACGGCCAACACUGACGAGUCAAGCAUCAUUUGA